UAGAGUCGAGCCGAGCGCUCGUCGCCGUCCCCCUUCCUUCCUCACCUCGAGCAAAGAGGAGCGGCAAUGGCCAUGGCCACACCCGCCUUCCUCCUGCCAGCGCUGUUCCUCAAGCCCAAUUUCAUCGCCGCACCUCUCCACCCGUGUCUCCCACGAGGCCGCCAACUCCGCUGCUCGCCCAACGGCGCCGCCGUGCCGGAAUCCCCUAAACCCGCCUCUCGCCGCGGCCGGAAGAAGUCCCCGUCCCCGUCCCCGUCGGAGCCGAAGGCGAAGGCCACGAGGCGGAGAACCAAGAAGGAGGUCCAGGAUUCGGACUCGGAGAGUGAGGAGGAGCCGGCGAAGCGGGCCAGCCGCCGGACAACGAAGUCCAAGGAAGAGGCCAAGCAGGAGGAGGUUGUGGCCCAGACGGCGAGCAGCGGAACGGAGGAGACGAUUCAAGAGUCCGAGGAGGAGGAUGGGUUGGAGGUGGGGAGCGACUUCGACGACGGGGAGGAUUUCGCGAACGACUGGCCGCCGCUGGUGUGCUGCUUCGGCGCGCCGCGGUGGGAGUUCGUGCCCACGGUGCGGGUGUCGGACCGGCAGAUGCACCCCGACCAGUACUCCACGUGGCGGCACCUGCAGUGGGAGCCGCCGGAGUUCGCCCGCGCUCCGGGGAGCGCGGCCAGCAACGUAGCCAUCGCGCUCACCCGGCUUGGCGGGCGCGGCGCGGUGCUGGGCAAGGUCGGCGACGACGACUUCGGGCGCGAGCUUGUGUACCGCAUGAACUGCGAGCGGGUGCAGACACGCGCCAUCAAGUUCGACGGCAAAGCGGCCACGGCCACGGCGCGCAUGAAGGUGAGCUUCCGGGACCGGAAGGACGGCAAGGGCGGCACCAAGCUUGUGGCCGAGACGGUGAAGAGCGCUGCCGAGGACACCCUCCGCAAGACCGAGAUCAAUGUCGAUGUGUUGAAAGAGGCCAGAAUGUUCCAUUUCAAUUCAGAAGUCCUGUUAAAUCCAUCGAUGCACGAUACACUCUUCAGAGCCAUUGAAUUGUCCAAGAAAUUUGGAAGUAAAAUAUUCUUUGAUCUGAAUUUGCCAUUGCCAUUGUGGACUUCAAGGGAUGAGACAAAGAAGGUGAUAAACAGGGCAUGGAAAGAGGCUAAUAUCAUAGAGGUAUCAAGGGAUGAGCUGGAAUUCCUCCUUGAUCAUGAGUAUUAUGAAUACAAGAGAAACACCCCACCUCAGUAUUAUCUGGAAGGAUUUCAUUUUACAAGAAACUGGCCACAGUACUACCACUACAGCCCUGAAGAGAUUGCUCCUAUUUGGCAUGAUGGAAUUAAGAUCUUGCUUGUGACCUAUGGGACACUUCGGAUCCACUACUACACGCCCAAGUUUCAUGGCUGUGUGGUUGGAACAGAGGACGCACUCAUAACUCCAUACACCACUGACCGAACAGGUUCUGGUGAUGCUGUUGUUGCUGCUGCGAUUAGGAAGUUAACGACUUGUCCUGAGAUGUACGAGGACCAGGAUAUAUUGGAGAGGCAACUGAGAUUUGCUAUUGCUGCUGGAAUCAUAUCACAGUGGACAAUUGGUGCUGUGCGAGGAUUUCCCACUGAGAGUGCUACCCAGAACUUGAAGGAACAAGUCUAUGUGCCUUCUAUGUGGUGAACUGGUAAAUCAUUUGCCAAGGAAUGAACAGCAUAUGCGAUAUACAAGCAUAUUCAUGAAUGGUCUAACAGAACUGAACAAGUUUUUUUUUCUUCUCUCUUUUACCGCAAGAGAGCUACAGGCGCAAUUCAUAUGCACCAAUUGCUCAGGUCUACACUUUAGUUAGCCUUCAGACAGGCAGGCUUUCGUGCUUCCAAUCAACGAGAAACUCUUUUAUGCCUGUGUUCUAGUCAUAGUAGCACUAUUGUAGUUGUAGCACUUCGUGGGGGGUAGGAUGGAUUGAUGCAAGCUCCCACUUCAUGUCCAUUCUUCUUUUCCGAAGACUCAUGUAGAAUUUUGGAGGCCUAUAGAUUAGAUAGCGCUAGGAACUGCCAAAAUUUUGUUCACGCGCGGUAUUCUGAUCAUCUCUGGAUAUAUGUGUCUUGGCUCGCAAAUGGCAACUUGUCUGCAGUCA